CUUUAAAACGAAGCAAAGAAAAAUGUCCCAAUGAUAUCUGAACACGUCACCGUUUUGACUCCUUCUUUUGGAACCACUCUGCCUAGAUGCUCUGCAAGUAUUGGGCCGUGACGCGUUGUCCAUCACCGACGCGUCAGCCUAACAAACCCGCCACUGAGGCAUAUUUCGUUGAAUGAAUCUUAGAGAGAGUGAGUGGCCUUUGGAUCUGAAAUGAGUUUCUUCGAUUUCAUCCUGUUGAUGAUAGGGUCGCUCUUUCUGUUCAAAGCUUUCGAUUUUACUUUCUGGGUCUCCUUCUUCUGCUUCUUUUGAUUCCCCCAAUUCUUCAGCUUUCAAAACCCUAAUCUGCUGCCAUGAGGAAGAAGCUCGAUACCCGUUUCCCUGCUGCUCGGAUAAAGAAGAUAAUGCAAGCUGAUGAGGAUGUUGGAAAGAUAGCACUCGCUGUGCCUGUUUUAGUUUCUAAAGCUCUAGAACUAUUUUUGCAAGAUCUUUGUGACCGCACUUAUGAAAUAACUCUUCAAAGAGGAGCAAAGACCAUGAAUUCAUUGCAUUUAAAACAUUGUGUACAAAGCUAUAAUGUCUUUGACUUUCUGAGGGACGUUGUUAGCAGGGUUCCUGACUACAGCCAUGGCCAUGGCCAUGCUGAGGCUGGUCCUGAUGAUCGGGCCAUUGCAAAAAGAAGGAAAGCUGUUGGUGAUGAUGGUAAUGACAGUGAUGAAGAGGCUAAGAGGAGCAAGAUGCAUGAGUUGGGCCACACUGGCAGUACUGGUAGGGGAAGAGGCCGAGGUAGAGGAAGAGGCCGUGGCCGAGGGCGACCACCUUUAAAUAGAGAGAUAUAUCAUCAGGAUGCUGAAUCUGAGCCUUGCACUUCUGUUCAGCCAAGCAACCCACAAAAUACAAACACAAGUGUUGCAAUGGAUAGUGGUUCUGAGUCAAAGGAAAUACCAAAGGAGCAGAACAUUGCAGUUCCUGUUGAAAGCACUGAUUCGCUCCGGAACAUCGAUCUGAAUGCCAUUACGAAUGAAAAUGAUGACAAAAAGGCUAGCGCAGCAGCGGAUGCCUCUGUGCCUGAACCUGAUGCCUCUGUGCCUGAACCUCCAACAGAGAGCAAGCAUGAAGAAAUUCCAGGGUGGUCUCUUUCUGAUGUGGACAAGAUGGCCAUUGAUUCGCUGCAGCUUGCACAACUUGGUAGGCCACUAGAAGAGGAUGAAGAAGACUAUGAUGAAGAGGAGGGGUAAAUAUUAUUAGUCUUUGGUGAUUAGAUUAGUGAAAAGCUCAUCAUGAUAACUGUAGAAUAAGUACAUACUAGUGUUAUGAUUAUGAGUAUCCACUAGCUGUCAAUGCAUGUACCAUGUUGGCUGAAGAAAGGAUCUGAAUGCCCCUUUUCAUUAAUCUGCUUUGUAUGUGUAGCUGAUGUAUCUUUUCCUUGACCAGUAAUGUUAGUUUCGUGUACUUUUAGGCCUACAAUGUAUAUCACAAUUCUAGAUGGAGUGAAAAUUAUGCAUGCAACCUUAUUUAUUUAA